UCCAUCCACAAGUGGUAUGGCUAUCUGUCCACAUGAGCCUGUCUAUACAAAAAACUUGAUUGUACGUGUUGUAUUUUAUCUGCAUCGACGUUCAUUCAGGACACAAAUUGAGGGCACCCAUUGGUUUACAGAUAUGACAUGUGAGCACUGUUGGGCCAACAGUUCUCUAACGAAGACAAUUUGGAGGAUCAGGAAGAAGAUAUGAUGCAGAAAGCGUGAAAUAUUUGAUCGGCUCCAGGUAGAAGACAGGAUUUGUUUGUGGGCCUAAUUUUCGCUAAACCUUUUCAGCAAUUGACAGGCACGCGCAAGGUCUGCCUGAAAUCUACUGCCGAAGUGUAGUCAGCUCUGAAGCGUCCGCAUCAAGCCACAUCAUACUCCCAUCGAGCAAUCAGGAGAUUGAGGAAAGUGGCGCCGGCCGAAUCUCCUGGGAAAAGUUAUCCGCUGGCAAAUUUUAUAAUCUCCGGGUGCGUCUGCAUAACCUCUGGAAUGGGCGGGUCUGCGUGUGCAGUAUAAGAGCUCGAAGGGACGGCUUCGUUUCUCAAGACUCUCUCCAGUUUCAGGUCUUCACAGUGGCUGGCUGACAGCACUGGUGGUCCUCUUCCUUUUCAGGCUCCUCCAGGUUCACCAACACUCGAGAAAUACUAGAGCGGAGCUCACCAAAAGGGUAGGAAAUCCUCAGUUCCAAGCCUGCGAUGUUAGAAACUUAAUCUGUCAAUUGUAUGGACCAUUUGACUGCUACUGCUGCUUCUGACUUCGUCGUGAGCUCGAAGAAGCAGAUCUCAUAUGUUUAAUUAGUUUCACUAGCUCGGCUUCCCUUCGGCUGCAAGCAGGCAAGUUCCUCAAAUCGACAGAGACUGCAAUCAAUUAGCCAUACUCGUUCAGAAAUUCGUCGUCGACAGAACGGAAGCGAUUGAUAUUCGUAGGUGGCAGCACUGCGCCACAGUCAAGUACAGACGACCAGUACCAUCGAUGCAGCUCUGAGGUCCUUCAAAAUCUCAGCUCGAUUUCGAGCUCUGUGAAUAGAAUUGCUUGUCUUGAAGUUCGAGUGCGUCGUUCUGUUCCGGGUUCAGGAGGUUUACACAAGAGCAUCAUCCGUCAUAGUCAUGGCCAGCAUUCAAGAUGACAGUAGAGUCAUAUCCGUCAGCACCCGAGGUCACGAUAACGGAACAGAAAUUUCUUUGAAACUAAUCUACAAGAAUGGAGGAUUUGCUGUACAAGUCGACGAAAAUGCCGAAGCCUUCGAGGAGCCGGAGCCUCAUCCGGUUUGGGAUGGAUCGGAAUUCAACCGGUCGUUCUGGAGAGCAGCCAUUGCGGAGUUCAUUGCUACCCUUCUCUUCGUGUACAUCGGAGUGUCGGCUGCUAUCGGUAAUGGACGGGAGACACCGAAUGGAGUGGGUUCUCUUGGAGUUGCGUGGGCAUUUGGUGCAACCAUCUUCGUUCUAGUCUACUGCACUGCCGGAGUAUCAGGAGGACACAUCAAUCCUGCCGUCACCCUGGGCCUGGUCUUGGGUAGAAGAAUUACCGUGAACCGUGCCCUCGUGUACGUAGUGGCUCAGAUGCUGGGAAGCCUGUGUGGAGCCGGACUCGUGAAAGCUCUGCAGGAGGUUCCUUUCGACGAACUCAAUGGUGGUACAAACUUUGUAAAUCCAGCCUUCAGCAACUCCACAGGCCUGGCGGCGGAAAUCGUUGGGACCUUCGUUCUGGUAUACGUGGUGUAUACGGCAACAGAUGCCAAACGCAGAGCUCGUGACUCCUAUGUGCCUGUCCUUGUCCCCCUGCCCAUCGGAUUGGCAGUAUUUGUCGUGCACUUGGCCACUAUUCCAAUCACAGGAACGGGAAUCAACCCCGCUCGAAGCUUUGGCCCGGCUGCUCUGUGGGGCCACAAGCUUGCUUGGGACGAUCAGUGGAUCUUCUGGGUCGGUCCCUUCAUCGGCGCAACUCUGGCAGCGUUCUACAACCAGUACAUAAUCCGAUGCCUUCCACUUGGAAAAUACUUCCUGCUGCCCACUCUUCCUUCUUUGCCGCUUGUCCGCAAUGUAAACUAGCAGAUGUCCAUGAUUUUCUAGUCCGUGUACAAUUUAGAUCCAGAGGGAUCAAUUAGCCGAAAUUGCUUCAGCAAAAGGCCCUGCGAGAUCCGAAUAAUCGAGCUGGCACAGUCGACGGGUCGCAAUAAUCGAGCCAUGCCGAGUCUGUAAGUUAGGCUUGAGAAUGUUGUGGGAAGUGCUGAGAGCCGCAGCUUCUGGAGGCGAAGGCUAACAUGUGUGAAAAUCUUGAAAGCUCAUGGGAAGUAUGUAUAUGAUGAUGAUCAGUAUCCAGCAAGGGUAGAGAGGCGGGCCUCCUCCAUGGAUUGCUGCUGUUUGAACAGAUAUGCACAUGAGCAAGAUUUCAACGAGAUGAUUAGAGAUAGAGUCUAGGAUUCAGAGCAAGAGAAUGCUUCGCCUUUCCAUUGAGGUUAGCCAUGAACAAAAUAAAGAAGAGUUUUUUC